AUGACGUGGAGAGGUGAACCAUUAGCAAAUCAUAAGGUGAACCUUUACGAGCGCGAUUACGGUACAUUUUUCGAACCAUUUCAAAUGCGACCAGGAGAUUUCAAGGGUUUGACUUGGACGAUCGUCUGAACAGAACUUCCACGGACAGGAAGGGCAGAUUCGAAAUAUCGGUAUAUAUCUUGCUUAGAAUCGACAUUACCUAACCAGAAGAAUUAAGCCAUUUAAAAAAGGUUUUCUUGAAAUCAGGGAUUUUUUAAAUUGCCCAGUUUUUUUACAAUUCUCCACAUGAACCCUAUUGCACUUCCCUUAUCGAUAAAUCGCUUCAUUUGAUUAUUAAUCAUCAGAUUUUUACAGGGUUUCGAGUUUGAGUUCUUCCCCAUCGAACCCUAUCUCCUGGUGUUCACGGAAUGUGUAGGAUUCUCCGGAUUUUACUACUUCAAAACAAGAAUUUCAGGUUCGGGAAAUAACCUGUGUCGCAGAAAUCGAUGUACCCCCAGAAGCCGUCGUUCGAGGUCCCGUGGCGCCGAUCUUCGACAUGGGCACUUUCGAUGUUUUCUUUCGCGAGAGAGAAUAA